AUUUUAGUUUCCUCCAGUGCGUUCCCCACAAUUCCACCCAAUUUCAACAGGUAUCACGCGACUUUUAUUUGCUUAAAUUGGUCGACCCCCAGAAGUCUGAGCACAACUUAACGGAAAGCUUCAUCUUCACUUUCCACAGUUCUUCAAGUUGAAACCUUUCAUUUCUCCCAUAUCUUUCAGUUUCUUAUUUAUUCACAUCUUAUUCGGAAAAGAGGAUCGUGAUAAGAUGGGUUCUCUGGCUUCUCUGCAUUCAAUCAGUAGCGUUCGGGGCUGCUUCAUUAAAUACCAUGAUGAAGUCAAAAAUUCAACGGUUAAGAAGUUCAGUGUUAGAACUUCUGUUGCUACAUCAGCGCCACAGAAAUUUCAGGCUGAAGAAAAUAAAGCCAAUAAACUGGAAAAGUUCCGAAUUGGUGUGCUUGGGGCGAGUGGCUACACUGGUUCUGAGAUAAUUAGGUUGUUGUCAAAUCAUCCGAACUAUCAAAUAACGCUGAUGACAGCAGACAGGAAGGCUGGCCAAUCCAUUGGAUCAGUGUUUCCUCAUUUGGUCAAGCAAGAUUUACCAGAUAUGGUUGCUGUUAAGGAUGCCGAUUUUUCGAAUGUGGAUGCUGUGUUCUGUUGUUUGCCUCAUGGCACAACUCAGGAAAUUAUCAAAAGUCUACCAAGUAGCUUGAAGAUAGUUGAUCUUUCUGCGGACUUUCGCCUUCGUGAUUCCAAUGAAUAUGAAGAAUGGUAUGGUCAGCCUCAUAGGGCACAAGAACUGCAGAAAGAAGCUGUAUAUGGCUUGACUGAGAUAUCUAGACCUGAGAUUGAAAGUGCACGCCUAGUUGCAAAUCCUGGCUGCUAUCCAACUUCUAUUCAGCUUCCACUUAUCCCAUUGAUAAAGGCUAAUCUCAUUCAAGUUAAAAACAUUAUUAUCGACUCAAAAUCUGGUGUUAGUGGAGCAGGCCGUGGAGCUAAGGAAACCAAUUUGUACACAGAAAUAGCAGAAGGAAUACAUUCUUAUGGUGUAACCAGGCACCGUCAUGUGCCAGAAAUUGAACAAGGACUAUCGGAAGCUGCAAAAUCGAAAGUUACUGUCAGCUUCACCCCACACUUGAUGCCAAUGAGCCGUGGUAUGCAAUCAACUAUAUAUGUUGAAAUGACGUCUGGAACAUCUAUUGAAGAUUUACGCCAACAUUUACAGCACUUUUAUGAGAAAGAAGAAUUUGUCAUGUUGUUGGAAGAUGGCCAGAUUCCUCACACUCGACAUGUUAGAGGAUCCAAUUAUUGCUUGAUGAAUGUAUUUGCAGACCGAAUCCCAGGAAGAGCAAUAAUCAUCUCUGUUAUUGAUAACCUCGUCAAAGGAGCAUCAGGUCAGGCUCUACAGAAUCUGAACUUGAUGAUGGGAAUUGCAGAGAAUAUGGGACUCCUUUCGCCACCUCUGUUUCCAUAAAAUGGUGAAAUACUCAGCUCCAAGGGAGAUGGCAUAAAAUUCGUUUGUAGCGCGUUGAAACACUCUAAUAUUAGCUGUUUCUGCAGGUGGUUUGCGUUUGAUAUCGCGACAGGAAGAUCAGUUUGGUGUAUCCUAGCUCGGUAUGUGUUGAGUUGCUGCUUUAUUGAGACUUCCAAUAUUUGAUAACUCUCUUAGUCUUGCAAAGGGAUUGGUUUUUUUUUUUUGCGUUUCACGUUGUUUCAAUCAAUGAAAAUGGUUUGUUGUUUUUGCUGUAAACCCGAUUUUGAUAGAAAAUAGAAGAUAUUUCUUGUUGCUUUCA